GAGGGGAGACCACUGGACCUUGUGACACCUAAGAUAGACAAGGCCUUAGAACAGUUUAAACGGAAAGUCCUUGCAGUCCAGCUCUGACACAAGUAAUGCACCGUUGUCCGAGUCGGAAUUUGACAAGAGUACAGACAAACAGAAUACCAGUGCCGUGUCCGAACAAAAUCGGCGUCUGAUGAUCCUGGAACAACAGAUUGCGAACCUGCUGCAGCCAUCAAGGUCAAAGGCUGUAUCUGAUGGAGAGAAUAGUUCAUCAGGGACUAUCACAAGACUUGUUGCUGAGAGAGACAUCGGUCAGACAGAUGAAAGUGAUGAUGCAGGGUCAGGGAACUCUCAAAAAGGUCAAACAAGCAAAGGUCGAAAGGGCAAGAGGUCAAGGAAGUCCCGUAUCCCUAGCUACCGUAAACCUACAGCAUCAUCUCGGGCCAAAGUCGAACCCCCAGAGACAUCCAGUGGUACGGGAGUCGAGGACCAGAUAGGACCGGCCACACACCAGGCUAUCCUAAAGCAGCCUUCAGCCUACUGUAUCACAGAGGGUCAGAUGAGGGAAGAUGUCCAGUCUACAUAUGUGCAACUGAUGAAAGAGCUGGAAAAUGAACGAGAGAGAAGAUGGAAGUCCGAGCAGGCAAGCAAGAAACUUGUGGACCACAUCAAGUCUCUUCAGACCAAAGCGAAGGACGGUGACCAGCUCAAGGACACGGCUAUAGAGGCCACAACACGACUCAAGCAAGCCUUGACCAAUGAAAGGGAAGCAAAACUAAGGCUGCAGGAUGAUCUUGAUAGGGCAAAGAUUCAUCUACAGGAAGAGUCUAGACAGCUCUCAGUUGCCAAGGAAACGGAAGAAAGCUUGAAAAAGAGUCUCCGUAACUUAGAGGAAGUCACUGCCAAAAUGGAACGCGAAAAACUGCAGCAACAGACACACGAGCAAAAGAAGACUCAUGAUGCACAGAUGCGAGCAUCUGCUUUGACUCGUGAGCUAGAGAUGUUGAAAUUGACAGCAGAGAAACAAAAAGGACAGAUACACCAACUCCAGGAACUACUGGCUGGUCGAGAACAGCAACACAGGGAUGAAAUGAAGCUGUGUGUCCGUCCAAACAGUCAAGAGAUGGACAGUCUCAUACAGCAGGAAAAACGCCGGGCCGAGAAACAGUAUGAGAGUGAACUCCGCACCCAGCAAGACAAAGUUGACCAAUUGACCAAACAGUACUCGGAGUUAGAGGACGAGUUCCGGAUAGCUCUCCAGAUCGAAGCCAACAGAUUUAAAGAGGUUCAAGAUGUCUUCCAGCGGGUGAGCGAGGAAAACGCGGAGAACAAGCAGGCAUUGAUGGUUGCCCAAAGGAAAGAUGAGAAAAUGUCAGAGAUGUUUACUGAGCUUACAGCUUUGGUGAAAGAACAGAAAGGAAGAAUAACAGAACUCUCUAAAUCUAAGAAUGAGCAGACCGCGGAAUAUAAGGAACGGAUUCUAACACUGGAGAGUCAUGUAGAAGAAGCAAGGAAACGUAUGUUACAGAUGGAACUCCUAAAGCAGGAUAAGACAAAGCUAUUGGCUCAAGUGGAAGCUCAAGAAUCUGUGAUAAAUGGUUUGAAAGCAGAGAGAAAACUGUGGGGACAGGAACUUGCACAGCAAGGUUCAUCUCUGGCCCAGGAUAGAGGCCGUCUGGAAUCUAAGAUAGAGACCCUCAAGUCAGAUUUGUCAACAACCAAGAAACAGCUGGAUAGGGAGGCGGACGCCCUGAAGAUCAAAACCAAAAUGUUGGAGGACCAAACGGAAACCAUCAGGAAACUCAAGGAGGGCCUGUUGGAGCGGGAUGAGGAGGUGAAGCGAGCUAGAGACGAGGCACUGAAGAUACAACACAAUUUGGAGGAACAGUUGACUGAGGAAAGGGCCUUAACCCAGGAUAACCAGGACACACUGGAGAGACUGAGAGACAGGAAACAGGAACUUAAACAACAAAUAUCGGAGCUCCAGGGAGAACUGGACGAGUCCAGGAAGGCUCACAGCAUCCUUAACAACAAAUGGAAGGAGAAAUCACAGUUGAUUGGUGGGUUGGAGAAACAGGUUACGGAGAUGAGGGAUACCUGGGAAGGAAAAGAACGAAAACUACAGGACGAACGUGACAAGGCCAUCCAUGCUGCAAAUGUCGCUAUAGAGAAGCUACGGAAAGUUGAUAAUACGUUCAGGGAGCAGCUGGAGACGAAGGAACAGCGACAUCAGGAGGACAUUCUGGUUCUGGAGCAAGCCAAGCAACAGGAAGUGGACCAAGCCUACCAGAGGGUAUACUCUGUGGAGGAGGAGAUGAGAGAAUUGCUGAAGGAAAACCAGAUGAGUAAGAAGGCAAUGGAGGACAAGUUUAAACGACUCACCAACGCCAUGUCCGAUAUCCAGUCCAACUUUGUGUCAUAGAUUUUUUAGGAAAAUUAUAUUGGACUGACCAGCGGUCAGUGUUGGACCAACUGUGUCUUAGACACACUCCAGAUGAACUACCCAAGGUAUCAGACUGACUAGGGGUCAGUGUCAAACGUUUUGUGAUAUGUGCUGAAACAUUUUACUUAAAUCUUGGAAGGAAAUUUCUUAUCAUUAUAGUAUAUACAUGUAUAUAUAUAUUUAUAAAUUAUGUAUUGUACAACAUAAUUAUAUGAAUGGAAGAUGAAAUAAAAUUUGUGCUGAAGACAAGCACAGAUAGAUGUG